CUAUUGAAAGACCUCUCUUCGCUCUCCAUGCAGUAACAUGUCGCCAUCAGUCUCUAUAGCUUAGUUCCACUAAUUCUGGUAAUUUCUAUUCAUACUAUUCUAUAAAAAUCGAUGAAGCGGUCGUCACGUCAUUCAAACAACUCGCAUAUAAUUAUAAACACUCUUGGCAUACUCCUAGCUUGUCCUAGCUGGUACACGAGUAAAUUGAACACUUCCCUAACAAAACCCGCACCGACGAAGUUUCGAGUUCCUUAGAUGUAUUCUUCCGCAAGUUCUAGACGUUCAAGCAACCCAAGAUAUAGUGAUUAUGAAUAUAGGUCCAACUAUCGGAGAGAAUUUGACAAUAAUGACGAAGAAGAUGAUGAAUUAUCGAUAGAACAAGACCAGAAUGAGUUUGAAUAUACUCCGAGACAACUUUCACGUCCAAGAAGCUUUGUUGGAAGAGAAGAAUUCACAGAAAGGCCUGAAUACAACUACCCAAGAACACAAAGACCCUUAAGCUAUAGGAAAAUCGAUCUUAUUGAUAGAGAUAUAAUUGACUAUCCCAGCAAUGUGAGGAGUCGAACUGUUCGACGAGCAAAAUCUGACGUUUUUGAAAGACACACAGAAGAAGAUCAUCUAGACGAAAUGGACAGCUCAAAAAUGCACCGAAGUAGCAUGGAAAACCUUGCUGCUAUAGCGACGCCUCCAAAUGUACGGUCAUUCAAGGAUCAAGAAACGAUGAUCCAAGAAAUCAAGAAAGAAAACUUUGAUUUAAAACUGAGACUUUACAUGGAACAGAAGGAACGAGAGCGCCUUCAUGAGGAAUAUCAGCAAAAAGUUUUAAUUCUUGAAACGGAUCUAACUGAAUCUCUUGAUGAGCUAAGUGAUGCUCUAGAACGAGAAAAGGACUACGAAAUAUCGCUGAAUAAUGCAAGGAGGAGAGAAAAGGCGUUACUCAUCAAACAGCGUCGCUUAGAAGAGACAAUGAGAGAGCAAGACGAGGAGAUCAAAUAUUUAGCGGAGACUAGAUCAACGUUAGAUCUUUCACAGGUUCCUCCAUGUGAUGCUACGACACAAACGGAUCGUCCUUAUUACGAAGAAAGAGGAAUAGAUACAGGGAUAUCAAGGAGUAAGGAAACCUCCGUGCGAAACUCAAGUAGAAGUCGACCGCCUACAAAAGUACCGCCCCAAGAAAAUGCCGUCGAUGGAAAAGGCGGGAACAAACAACCACCUGAAGGAGUGGACUUAUUGAACUGCGCAUCGAUAUCUCGUAAAGAACAAAUUCUAGGAGAGGCAAGAAGAAGGAGAACUCUGAAAUCUAAGAAAGACAAGCAAAGGAGGAAAACUUUAGACGAGAUGCCAGAAGCUGAUCAAACACAAAAAGUCGUAGUCAAAAAGAAAAAUGGUUUGUUUAGUAAGUUGCUUUGCUGCUGUAGUUCGAAGAGAAGUCAGUCCGAAGCUUAUGAGCGAACCAUAGAAAAGGCAUAAAUUUUUAACGAUUGAAAUUUUUUACCGGCCAAACAAAAUCUUAAUUUUCGUUUCUUAAAUUCGACCUUUUGGAGCAUGGAAUAAUGGGGCUCAAUUAGGAAACCAAAUCGAGUCCCAAAAUUUGGCCCACCAAUAUGCACCACCAUGUCCCUCAGUAUCAUUCUAUCUUAGAAUUGAUGAGACAAAUGAAUGCGGGUUUGGUUUUUAUUCCUGCAUGGGAUUAUAGUAUGGCAGAAACAGCUAGGUAUCCGUAUUAAUCUUUACAAAUUAGCUAAACGCAAUCGCAAAGCAUUCACAACCCAUUCACGCGAGGUCUUAUAUUGAUCUCAUCAUAUAGAAUCAUACACCGCGCAGAUUGUACCAUAGAUGAAAAAAUGUUUUGACACAAAGUGUAUUUUAAUUCCGUCAUGAGGUAAAAGUCUUAUUAAUGUUAUUCAUAUAGUUAGUCAUUUUAGCACUUCGGCGAGAUCAUUUUUGAUCUGUCAAUAAUGUGAAUUCGGAUAAAUGACAGUUUGAAUAGAUUUUUUUAAUGUAAAAAUACAUUUUUAAAAUUAUCUUUCCCGAUAAGGAACCGGAAAUAACCGGAAAAGCAAAAGAUUAAAAGCUAAUAGCAUCAAUGUAUUAUUUAAUGUUAAGAAGCAAACGCAUGCAAAAACGGAUCUAAGAAUCAAAUUUAUAUUUCUACGCCAUGUAAUUUGUACAGACGAAUUUCGGUAGCAACCUGAAUAUUCUUGGGAUACUUUACUAAUCGAUGGUGUACAGGCAUUUCUAGAAAAUGAAAUUACGAAAUGACAAAAUAAAAUAGAUAAUGGCCGCCAUGUUGGGGAUGAGAUGCCAAAAAGUUCUUAUCCCGCUUGGUGACGUUGAUGUAAAUCCCACACUAGGAAACUCGGGAUUCGCGCUUAAUAGUCACGUGAUUAUUCCCCGCCUUUUCUCGGAGGAAAUAAGGCUAAUUUUGUCUGUAAAGAAAAGUAAAGGUCAGUGACCGCUUUCUUACAGUGAACAAGAAAAUCGGCUUUAAUGAAUGUUCCCAUUUCGUAUAAUUUCUUCAUUUGAGAUAUCUGAUAUAUUGAGAUAUCAUCAGUAAUCCACCCCUAGAGAUGGCAAAUUUGGCUAUUAUUGUUUGUAUCAUAUUUCCAGAUCCUGUAACGAAAAGUGAAGGUCCGUGACCGCUUGUGUUACAGGAUUGGGAACUAAAAGUCGACAGCUUUAUUUGUCUUCCAACAUGGCGGAGAUUGGUCACGUGACAUUGAUUUUAGACAGUGUCGUCUAAAUAUAGUAAUAAAAACCCAAAAAUAAUAGGUCGAAAAGUCGUAGUAAUAGUUUUUAAUAUGUACAUAUAUUCUUACAAGAAUUGUGGACCAAAUUCAGUAUUUUACUUCUUGCAUUGGAAACUCGGCAAUGCAUUCAUGUAUUCCAUAGUUAUUAGGAGUAUAUAUUAUAUUUGAGCCAUACAUUUAUAAAUAAAUAUAUUAUUAAUAGACUGUAUUUCGUGGAGAGAUUUUUAGUGCUAUAGAUUAUUAGCUGCAAGGGUCCGUAACAGCAAACAAAUAAUUAUCUUUUUCCUCAGACAUAAGGGGUUCAAUUCUCCUGUGAUAAACGGGAUCUUUCUCUUUGUGGAACAACCUGGGAAUACAAAGGAUUGAGAUAUCAAUUAUCAUACGUUCAA